AAAAAAAUGCCUCCUACUCAAUUCGUACCAAAUGAAAUAUUCACCCAAAUAUUCAAACUAUUAAGUAGAAAAGAUGUCUAUAAUUGCAUUUAUGUUUGUAAAGGGUGGCAGCCUUCUGCUUUCCUUGCGUUUUACGAAACUAUUAAUCUUUUCUCAGUACCGGUUAACUUUAAUCAACUUUCAAAAUAUGGCCAUAUCACCAAACAUUUAAUUUUAAAUGGAAGACGUAUUGCUCGCUCGAAGGACCAAGUGCUCACAGAAAACGAAUUCUUUUUAAUGCUAUCCUAUGUGCCAAAUCUAAGGACGAUUGAUAUUCCACCUAAAAAUACAUAUGCAAGAACAUACGCCAAAUUUAUGGAUAAUGUUAAAGCUGAUGAGUAUAUAAAAAAUAUCCAGAGAAUUGGAUCUGUAAGACAUAUGAUAGGUUUCGGGGUCAUUCAUCGAUUCUGUAAAACAAUUAGACAACUCGAUUGUUACGGAGGUUCACCUUUUCCUGUUACUGGACCGCUAGCAUUACGGCUCUUAGAAUACCUUCCCCAAUUUACGCAUUUGACCAACUUGAAGAUUUGUGUGGGAAGAAAUAUUGAUAUAACCCUUUUUGAUGUCUUACAGUGCUGUCCCAACCUUGUAGAGCUGGAUUACGGUAACCACCAAGAGAUAUCUACACGUACAAUGACACAAGUGCGUACUACAGAUUACAAGAAUUUGAAGCAUUUACAAUUGAGACUACCACCGAAUCCAGCACUAUAUAAUGACUUCAUCUCUUUGAUUCGUAAUGUAGAAAAUUUGACACUAAUUGGCAAAGGCAAUAUGUGCCGGUGGUUUCAUCAUCUCGGCCCAUACGUACAAGAUCUCAAAAGAUUUAAGCAGUUAAAAAUCGGACAUAAAUUUCUUGUGGAUUAUGAAGAUUAUGAAGUCUCAUCAGAAUUAUACGUUAUACCAUUUUAUAACUUUUUAUUGAAACUGAAAGGAGAAUCAAGCCUACAAUUUACUGCCGUUUUUCGCAGUCGUAGAUUAUUCUAUCACACUUUUAUGAAUAUUUGUGAUCAGGAUGCAAAGUUCAUAUGUUAUGUCACAAGCAAUCGACCACCGUUGAUGGUUGAUCAUCAAGGAAUUAUCAAAACUUUGAUAAUCGAAAUACCUCUAUCUUGGUGGAUUCCUGUAAAUCUUUUGGAAUAUGCAAAGACUUUACCCAAUCUUGAAACCCUGCGCAUAGAUUCCUCUCGUAUUUUCUUGGAGUCUACAAAAACGACAAUGUAUUUCGACAAAGCCCGUAUUUCGCAAUUCUCAUUGAAUCAAUUGCACGAAUAUUUACCCAGCGCCAAUACUUUUCGAUGUGGUGGGGCUUUGGAAUACGAGAAAAAACAAAACGGCCUGCUAAAAUUUACAGAGUUUAUUGAACUGAAAACAUGCAUCAUUGAAGUGGAUGGCUCGCUGAAACGUAACUACAAGUUCUUGAAGCUUGAUUUUGGUUGCACACACAAUUAUUAUGUCAUUAAAUUUAAUAAUUGUCAAAAUCCGAUGUACAUCGAUCACAACGCUCUAGGGUCAGAUAGUCAGACAGCAAUGAUCACCUUCCAAUUUUCUAGUCCUCUUGUGGAGGUUAAGUGGGAAACCCAUUUCAAUACUGUGAUCGAACCAGUCAAAAUCAAUAUAAAUAUCACAUAGACAUCAUAAUAAAUCAACGCCGCUUUACAAUAGACAUAGCUUUUCUGUCUUUUUGUGUUAAUGUAACAGACUGGAGCGUCUGAAGAAAAAUAAUUGUCUAAAAUUCUUUAAUAUUAUCCUCAUACCUAAUAAUAGAAAUAUUUAAAAAAA